AUGCCACGAAGCCCUCCACAUGUUGAGCUCUAUGGUGUCACCACCAUAGUUAUGGUGACUCACCGAACUCUUCUCUUUACUCGGUCGAAGAGGACACCGGUGGCUAUAAAGCCUCACCAAAUCUGCGAAAGAAAAAAAAACCCGACGACAACAAACGGAACAACAAACAGAAAAAAAGAGAUACAGAGAAAGAGCUACACCAACGAUCCCAGAAAACAAACCGAGAAGAAAAAAAAGAGACUUACCGAGGAAAUCGCUGCCGUGAGAGCCUCCACGAGUCAUCGAGAACCGAAACACCGAAGGAGCUUAGAAGAAAUUCUGCACGGGAACAACAAUGGAAAACAUGCCCUGUCAUGGGAACAAAGAUAUAACGUUGCUGUUGGGAUUGCCGAAGGCCCAAACUACAUACAUAAUGAGCUCUCUCGACCUGUUAUUCAUAGAGAUGUCAAGUCUUCAAAUAUUCUUCUUUCAGAUGGGUUCGAACCAAAGUUAUCUGACUUCGGGUUAGCAAUAUGGGGACCAACUGAUUCAUCAUUCCUACUUCAAGCAGAUGUUGUUGGAACAUUCGGGUAUUUAGCUCCUGAAUAUUUUAUGUACGGUAAACUUAGUGACAAGAUCGACGUCUAUGCUUUCGGCGUUUUUAUACUCGAAUUGCUAUCGGGAAAAGACCUUUAA